AUGCUGAAUAAGGCCAUGCCUGAGGUUUACCGAGACAGUGCCUUGGUCGUCAAGAAGGAAACCGUAUCGGUUUUGUUACUGAUAAUUAAGAAGAAAUGGGUGAUGGGGAGCUUUCGAUGUAGCGUCAUUCCUUCAAUUGGAGAAUUGAUCAUGAUUGAUUGGAGGAGUACUGAAAGUCGUGAUACUAUCGAUAUUUGCCGUUGGAACUGUUAUAGUGAAGAAAUGGGAGGAUUUGUUGUAAGUGAAUCAACCGAAGCUGGAGCCAAGUGUGCCAUCGCGUACAGCUGGAUACGGUUAGCUGCCUUCGUGCAACGUAUGCGUCCCGAUGCGAAUGGUGCAACCUCUACAGCAUCUGCAGCGAUCCCAUUUACUAUGGCUGCUUUCAUAGUCCGCCGGCGUGCGUGCCGGCGUGCCGGCGUGCCAGCCGAGGCAGUGCUGGAGGGAGGAGUGAGGCAGACGUUCACUGGAAUGUUCUAUACCAUGGGCAGGAUCAUAUACGGUGUAGUAGCGCUAGAAAAUCCAUCAAUUUUCAACAAUGUCAUCGGAGUAGUUCAGGAUACGGCCAAUGUGCUGGACAGGAACUAUAUUGAUGUUUCAAUAAUAAUGAAAUCUCGUCAUAAUCGUCAUCAAGAUUCACUUACGGCUGACAAGAUUCUUUUCAGGCAAAUUGAAACCACUGUAUCAUUCGAUGAAGAUUAUGAUGGUUGUCAUUGGACUCUCAUCAGUGUGGACGAAUAUCUAAAAAAGGGAGUCAGCGAGAUAGAACUAGCUGUUGAGUAUAUUGGUUGUACGGAUGAACACGGAUGUAUUCUCGUGUGGAGCGAUCAGUUGGAAUUUGUAGUCGACAACGAAAGGCUUUUUGAAGAUCGUGGUUCGUUUGUAAAAAUCGAGCUUUUGUUUCCUGUAUAA